AUGACUUCAUACUUCUUCCACAUCAAAUUCGAGCUCUAUCCGACCGAGAACCCUGCAGCCGGCGAUCAAGCAUCUGAGGCGCAGAGCCGCCGAGAUAUCUGGCUGCCAUCGACCGAAACCAGCGUUUUUGACGACCUACCCGCCCAUCCUCGACCUCCCCGCUCGGCAGCGCGCAACACCGAGGCGCUCGAUAGGAACAGGCGCAUCUCUUUUGGAGCUCUGGCUGCGUUGGAGCGCAGAGCGGAGACUGGCGCAACCUCGAAGCCCGGAGUCAUCGACUGCGGCACCCCGCGCCCACCGACGGAAAACGGCGAACGGGAGACCAAGGCCUUGCCAGAGCGACAGUCGCUGGGACGAGUGAACAGCUUCCCACCGCCGUCUUCGACAGCUGGGUUGAAACCGCAGACUGCGGUCCGAGACUGGAGGUUCGGACGCAUCAAUAUCGAGACGCUGGACCCCGACUGGUUAUACAAUAGGAACAUGGCUGGCGAAGGUAGCAAAUCUACCGCUGCUGCUGUCGCCGGACCAUCUGCCGCGCCUGCCUUGGGGCCAUCGUUUAGCGGCGCAGGGACGGCGACAAAGGCAGAGUUUGUCGAGCUCGAGGGCAAGAACACCGAGGUCGGAUGGGGCAUAGUACAUUUUUACCGAGAGGCAGAAGAGACGCCUGGGCUUGGUUCCAUCACCGAGGUAGCUGAAGAGACCGAGAAUGAGCAAGACUGCACCACGCUGUGUAUCCCUGCUGUCCCGGCUUACAUGACGCCGGCAGACUUUCUGGGGUUCCUGGGAGAGCGAUGGCAGAGAGACAUCAGCCACUGCCGCAUGGUUAUGACCUCGCGGAUGAAUCGAUAUCUGGUGCUGCUCAAGUUUCGGGAUAGCAAGCGGGCGAAACUGUGGAGGAGGGAAUAUGAUGGCAAGAUUUUCAACUCUAUGGGGUCACAAGCCUGCCACGUAGUAUUCGUCAAGAGCAUCACGUUCGAAACACCAAACCUUUCUGGGGGCCACGAUUACUCCAUGCCAUCUUCCUCGGCUGCCGUUUCGCAUAGCCUGAAGCCCUUCCCACCUCCGACUCCGAAUCUUGUGGAGCUGCCCACAUGCCCCGUCUGCCUGGAGAGAAUGGACGAGACGAGCGGAUUGAUGACCGUCCCGUGCUCGCAUGUCUUCCACUGCACAUGCCUACAACGCUGGAAAGGAGCCGGCUGCCCAGUUUGUCGCUUCACGAACCCUUCGGAGGAGAGAGACCCGUCAAAUCCCUACAGCCAGCCGUUUGGAGGGUCGGUCUCGAACCUGUGUAGUGUUUGUGAUUGUGCCGACGAUCUCUGGAUCUGCCUGAUAUGUGGCUACUUGGGUUGCGGUCGAUACAAAGGAGGACACGCUAAAGACCACUGGAAGGAUACCGCGCACUGCUUUGCUCUAGAGCUGGAGACGCAGCACGUCUGGGACUAUGCGGGCGACAUGUGGGUGCAUCGUCUCAUCCGCGACAAGGGCGAUGGCAAGGUUGUUGAGCUGCCCGGGAGAGGCAGUCACACGGCCAAUGGCGAAGGGGCAGAUGAAGACAUGGUUCCGCGGGCCAAGCUGGAGACGAUUGGGCUCGAAUAUACCCACUUGAUAGGCAGCCAGCUUGAGUCACAACGGGCCUACUACGAAGAGAUGGUGAGCAAGAGCGCCAGCAAGGCGUCGAGGUACGCAGCCGAGGCCGAAAAGGCCAUCAUGGAGGCGUCCGAAGCGCGGGAACAGCAAGCUGCCCUGCAAAAGGAAUACGAGGUCCUGAGCCGGGAGACGCUCCCGCAGAUGGAGCGCGAUCUCGAGCGCGAGAGGACCAAGGCGAAGCGGGGCGAGAACCUCGCCAGGAACCUCGGCCAGUCGCUGCAGGAGGAGAAGCGGCUGAACGAGGGGCUGAUGAAGCGCAUCGAGCAUCUGGACGCGGAUGUGCAGGCGAUCCGCAAGCAGCUGGAGGAGCUGAGGGCGGAGAAUGCGGAGCUCAAGGAGAUGAACCGGGAUUUGACCAUGUUCAUCUCUGGGCAGGAGAAGCUCAAGGAGUUGGAGAGCCAGGGGCAGAUUGAGGAGGGGGAGCUGGAGGGGGGGACGAUGAGUGUUGCAGAGGGGAAGAAGAAGCGGGCAAACAACAGG